AGCAAAGAAGGGCUCUUCGCCAAACAAGGCCAAAGGGCCUGUGCCUGGUAAGCCAGCGCCAGAUAUGGCCAUGGCGUCUCUGGUCGAUGACAGCUGCUGACAGAAUGAAAGCCCCCAAGAUACAGAUACAGCAGGCGGUGGAGAAUGAUCAACUACUGACACAGCUUUACCCACCCACCCAAACCACUCUGGGCUCACUGGCGCUGGAGAAGCGAAACCUCCUGCUGCACUCGCUGCUUCUGCUGCUGCUAUCACUCGAGCACUACAGCUCCUACUCUCGUAUCCUUCUGCUCAACAUUGUCUCUUCUCUCAAUCUCCCCCUGCGCAUGUUGACCGAAGAUGAGGUCCGAGUGGCAAAGGCCCUGGCGCAAGUGGUCAAAGAUGUCCAGCAGGGGGACCUAAGCCACAAGAGGAAGACGGCCGAUGAUGGCAAGUCGUCCAAGAAGUGGAAGAAUAUGGCGGACAGCGGAGCUCUUGUCGGACCGCUUGUAGCCGCUAGUAUUGGGCAGGUCAUGGGUGGUGGCCUUGGAACCAGCACCACGGCGAGCGUCCUCGGACCGCUAGCUAACAACAAGCUUGCUAUGGCUGCCUUCUUUGGCCUAGGCAGAACUGUCGGCAAGGGAAUGGAGCAGUACGCAAAGGAUAUCCCGGAUCUUGCUUUUGUCCCGUUGCACGGCUCUCUCGGCAACCAGUCCGAGAUCUGCAAGAUCAAUCCAGAGAACCGCCGUUUCCGGGUUGUCUUCUGCAUCAACGGAUGGGUGAACAACGAGAAACCGGCCGGUGUCUCGGGUGCCACCAGUCCUUGGAAGGCAUUGGAGGAUCACAACGAGGUCCAUAUGCUCCGGUGGGAACUCGAAACUCUCGGCAAGAUCGGCAACGCACUGGAGGUUGUGAUGAAGAGCACGGCGUGGUCCAAGGCAAAGAAGGAAAUCAUUGCUAGGACUAGUGAGCAGAGCUCCGUCCUUCAUGACCCUGCUUGUGUGAAGCCAGCUAACACACUAGGGUCAGUUUUUGCCAGUCUGCACCAGGCGAUCUGGCCCGCGGGUCUCUUGAACGUCUGCAAAGUCAUCGACAACCCUUGGUGCAUUGGCCUCAGCCGCGCCGACAAGACGGGUUCCGUCCUCGCCGAUAUCAUCAUCAACAAGGGCCAAGGCGAGCGCGGUGUCACCCUGGUUGGCUACAGUCUCGGCGCUCGGGUGAUUUUCACCUGUCUGAUGGUACUGGCUGAGCGGCGGGCUUUUGGUCUCGUCGAGAACGCCGUCUUGAUGGGGGCACCUAUGCCAUCGGAUGAAUUUUCGUGGUGCGCGAUGAAGAGCGUGGUAUCGGGACGACUGAUCAACGUCUUCUCCGAGAAUGACCACCUCCUUGGAUUUAUGUAUCGGAUGAGCAGCCUUCACGCUGGAGUUGCAGGACUGCAGCGGAUCCAGGGCGUUGACGGUGUCGAAAACGUGGAUGCCUCAGCUAAUGUCAGCACCCACUGGAGAUACCAAUACAUGGUUGGGAGCAUCCUCAAGCACAUUGGAUGGGAAAACAUCGACCAUGCCCAAGUUGCAAAGGACGAAGAGGUGCUGGCAAUGGUGGAUCGGGAAAACGUUGAACGGGAGAGAAACCACGACGCCGAUCUGGCCAAGAAAUCGGGCUACGGGGCCGAAAACGAGGUCCAGCAGGAGCCAAUCCCGACCCGCAAGCGAAAGAACAAGAACAAGACCAAGAACAAGACCAAGAACAAGAAGUGAUCUGUUGUA